GUGCUGCCACCCUCCUGAAAAUAUGGGGUCUGAAAACCCAAGUCCGCAGAAUCCUGGCUGUAAGAUUAUGACCUUUCGUCCCACCCUUGAGGAGUUUCGGGACUUUGGGAAAUACGUUGCAUACAUUGAAUCACAAGGAGCUCACCGAGCAGGGCUUGCCAAGGUGAUUCCUCCCAAGGAGUGGAAGCCCAGAAAAACCUAUGAUGACAUAGAUGAUAUGGUUAUCCCAGCUCCCAUUCAGCAGGUGGUUACUGGCCAGUCAGGAUUAUUCACACAGUACAAUAUACAGAAGAAACCCAUGACUGUGGGAGAGUACCGGCGUCUGGCUAACAGUGAGAAAUAUUGUACGCCACGCCAUCAAGAUUUUGAAGACUUGGAGCGCAAGUACUGGAAGAAUCUCACUUUUGUCUCACCAAUUUAUGGGGCUGAUAUCAGUGGCUCUCUGUAUGACACAGAUGUGGAAGAAUGGAAUAUUGGCAAUCUGAACACCCUGUUAGACAUGGUGGAACAUGAGUGUGGUAUUAUUAUAGAAGGUGUAAACACUCCCUACCUCUACUUUGGGAUGUGGAAGACAACGUUUGCUUGGCAUACAGAAGACAUGGAUCUCUACAGUAUCAACUACUUGCAUUUUGGGGAGCCAAAAUCCUGGUAUGCCAUACCUCCAGAACAUGGCAAGAGAUUGGAACGCUUGGCGAAAGGAUUUUUUCCUGGAAGCUCUCAGGGAUGUGAUGCUUUCCUCCGUCACAAGAUGACCCUCAUUUCACCCUCAAUCUUGAAGAAGUACGGCAUUCCUUUUGACCGGAUCACCCAGGAAGCUGGAGAGUUUAUGAUUACAUUUCCUUAUGGUUACCAUGCUGGCUUCAAUCAUGGCUUCAACUGUGCUGAGUCAACCAACUUUGCCACAUUGCGUUGGAUUGACUACGGAAAAAUGGCAACCCAAUGUACGUGCCGCAAAGACAUGGUGAAGAUUUCCAUGGAUGUCUUUGUGAGGGUUCUGCAGCCAGAACGUUACGAUUUAUGGAAACAAGGAAAAGACAUUGCUGUCCUGGACCACAUGAAACCCACAGCUCUGACUAGCCCAGAACUAGAUGCCUGGAAUGAGACGAAGGCAGACUUGAAGGCCAAAUUGCUUCGCAGGAUAGGAGAUGAGGAAGAGGACAACAAGCACCGGUCUCACAGAAAAAGGAGUCAACCCAGAAGACAUAAAACAGAGGAUCAGAAGUCUCUAGGGGAUGUCAUGGCUAUUGAAACUGCCUUGGAAGAUGUGAAAGUGAAAGAGGAACUGAAAAGAGGGCCAGACCUAGAGGAAGAAGACAGAAGCAAAGUGGUUGAGGGAGAAGGUGAAAGCAAAGUAAAGGCUCGUCCUCCGAAAGUAAAAGGUGAGAGGAAGAAGAAGCAUCUUUUUCAUCAGCACCAGCACCACCUGCAAACAUCUCAGCCUCUGCAGCAGCAGCAACAGCUGCCACUGCCACCAGCAGUGCAGCAGCAGGCAGAGGAGGAGGCAGCAGCAGCACGGCCGCCAGUACCCACAGCAGCACCUGCAGCAUCCGCAGCAGACAAGAGCUUGCUGACCACCCCCCUCAACGUUGUCCAGCCCUCAGAGGCACCAGUUGAGGAAGAUGACUUUAAGCCUCGUCCUAUCAUUCCCAUGCUUUAUGUGGUUCCACGGACCAAAAAAGUGGUGUUUGACAAAGAGCACAUGUCCUGCCAGCAGGCAUUUGAGCAGUUUGCUACUCAGAAGAGUCCUGGUUGGCGGGAGCAGACAGUCUCUUUGGAAAUCCCUGUAAAAGAGGAGGAGAGUGCAGAAGCAGAAAAUACAGAGAUUGCUACAGAGACUGCUGCUUUUUCAAAAAUGAAGAUGGAGAUAAAGAAAAGUCGUCGUCACCCAUUAGGCAAACCACCAACCCGCUCCCCCCUGUCAGUGGUUAAACAGGAGACCUCGAGUGACGAGGAAACAUUUCCGUUUUCUGGGGAGGAAGAUAUGAGUGACCCAGAGGCUUUGAAAUCUUUACUUUCCCUCCAGUGGAAGAAUAAAGCACCUAAUUUCCCAGCUGAAAGAAAAUUCAAUGCAGCUGCUGCCCUGAGUGAGCCAUACUGUGCUGUCUGUACCCUCUUUUACCCAUAUAACCAGUCCUUACAGAUGGAUAAAGAAGCUGUCCCAGUCUCUGUAGGGGAGACCACCUCUUUUGUCCACCUUUCUAAGUGCGGACAGAAGACGAAGCCUCUGAUCCCAGAGAUGUGCUUUACCUCAAGUGGAGAAAACACAGAGCCCCUUCCUUCAAAUUCGUAUAUUGGGGAAGAUGGAACCAGUUCCUUGAUAUCCUGUGCCAAAUGCUGCCUGCAGGUUCAUGCUAGCUGUUAUGGAAUACGUCCAGAUUUGGUGAAUGAGAGCUGGUCUUGCUCACGAUGCUCAGCCAAUGCAUGGGCAGCGGAAUGCUGCCUGUGUAAUCUCAGGGGAGGAGCUCUUCAGAUGACCACUGAUGGGCGGUGGGUCCAUAUAAUUUGUGCUAUUGCUGUCCCUGAGGCCCGUUUUCUCAACGUAAUAGAGCGUCAUCCUGUGGAUAUCACUGCUAUUCCAGAGCAAAGAUGGAAACUGAAAUGUGUGUACUGUCGAAAGCGGAUGAAGAAGGUGUCUGGUGCCUGCAUCCAGUGCUCCUACGAGCACUGCUCCACUUCCUUCCACGUGACCUGUGCGCAUGCUGCUGGCGUGCCCAUGGAGCCCGAUGACUGGCCCUACGUCGUGUCCAUCACUUGCUUCAAACACAAAGCAGCCAACCAGAAUAUUCAGUUUCGAAGGGAAGUGACUCUUGGACAGACUGUGAUCACAAAAAACCGGAAUGGACUCUACUACAGGUGUAAAGUGAUCGGCAUGACGACACAGACUUUCUAUGAAGUAAACUUUGAUGAUGGGUCAUACAGUGACAACGUUUACCCAGAAAGCAUUAUUAGCAGAGACUGCAUUCAACUGGGGCCCCCUCCAGAGGGUGAGAUGGUUCAACUGCAGUGGACGGAUGGAAUCAUCUAUAAGGCCAAGUUUAUUGCAGCCCAGAUCAGUCAUAUUUAUCAGGUUGAGUUUGAAGAUGGCUCCCAACUAAUGGUAAAGCGUGGUGAUAUUUAUACCUUGGAGGAGGAGCUUCCAAAGAGAGUGAAGUCUCGCUUGUCCCUCAGCACUGGGGCCCCUCAGGAAGAUGUAUUUUUGGGAGAUGAAAUGAGAGCAGCCAAGCGUCCCCGGCUGGGGAAUGCAAGGAAUCCUGAAGAGUACGGACAAAACCCAGAUUACUUGGCCUUUAUGGAGAGCCUGUUGCAGACACAGUACCAACCUGGCACUCAGAGCAACAUGUUUUAACCAGGAUUAAUUAAAUAUGAAGUUAACCCUUUUCAAGCCUGUAGAAAAAUAACCAGGAAACUCCGGAAUAUAAGACCAGCGUUGUGCAAUACCCUGCUGUGAACUCUUUUCAUCAUCUUCUGGUUUGGACUGCAAGAAAAUCCUGUCUGGCUGCACGCUACCUCUACUUUGCCAGACCAACAGAACUGGGAGCCUGAGAAACCUUCAGGCAGCGUUUCACCUGGAGACUUUCCAGCAUUUGUACUGAUGGAGCUUUGUGAUUAGCUCCUUUUUAUAAGGCUUGGAAAGAGUUAAGAUUUGACUAAGUGACUUUUUAAAAUACGUCAAACUCUUUUGUCUUUAAAGGUGCUAUUACACUGACUACUGAAGCAGCCUUUGGAAUUGUGUUUUCUGUACAUAGAAGUCAACUUUGUGAAGUUUUCUAUAAAUAAGCACUAUUAAAAAAAAAAAAAAAAAAAGCAAACGAAAAUAGGAAAACAAAAGUUUCCACAAAACAUUUUUUCUAGAUUAUGGCUUUAAAACAGAAAUAAAAUCCUCCCCUCUCUCAUCCCUCAAUGAAAUGUGACUAAUAUUACACUGGGGAGAGAGAAAGCAAGAACAGAUGUCCUGGAAAGUUCUGGGUUCCUUUUUGUAAAGAAAUACUAUCUCAUUUGUAAUCUGGGGAAGAUGGGGAAAGAAAUGUUUCAUAGCUGGGAUGUUUCUUACUGUUAAUUCUCUUGAAGAAGUGAUAGAUGUGAGCAUUUCUGCCACGUCAACAGGAAGGGAUGUAGUGAAGCAAUGACCAGGUUCUGGUCAUUCUUGUCAUCUUCCUUUCCCAUCCUUGCCAUAAAAGUUGCUUUCUAGUUUAAAACAAAACAAAACAAAAAAACAAAACAAAACAAAAAAAAAGACAAAAAAAAAAAAAAAGACAAAACAUAAAACAAAACCAACAAAGAGCAUGGCUUUCAGUUAUAAUAUGCCACUCGGUUUUGGCAAGUGUUCUGUUGCUGCUUCUUGUGUUAGUUCCUCUAAGAGCCAUCCCCUUCCCCGCUGCAGACUAGAGCACAAAGGGAUUGUUCUAGCUCUCUGGUAGGCAUGUCUCCCAUAGGAACCUUUUUUCUUUUCUUUGACUCCAUUUUUAUUUUUCUGAGUUGUGCUCCUUACAGUUGUGAGAAUCAUUCCAUGACAGAAGCCCGGGAGGUGUUUGUAUGUUUUUCUUUUAUCCUAUUAAAGAAGAAAUUCCCCAAAUGUCUUUGAUUGUUGUGACAUCCUUUACUUAAGUAAAGACUGAGCCUUUAAGAUACUCCUGGGAAGAGGAAUGCAAGCCCUUCAUUUAAUUGGACUCAGUUCACCGAGAAUUGAAUGAGCAUUAAAGGCAAAAACAAAUCCUCAGAUAUUGAGCAGGCAGCUCCCGCUUGGACACUUGGAAAUCACCUCCAAUCGAAGAGCUGUUAUGGAAGAGUGUUUUGUAAAAGCCUGAACCAAAACCCUGCUGGAGUCACUGGAAAGUCCUCCACUUUCUUUGGAGGAGCUCUAUCAGAAGGAAGGAUGAAUGCAGCCCUGGUGCAAAGCUGGGAAGGGGAUGUGGCUUCCAGAAUAUCUGGGUGAGGGGGGCAGGGGUGCAUCGCUGCUCACCUGGAUGUCCUGGCCUGGCAGAAGCUGUCCUGAAUGCUGCAUGGCAGUCUUUUCCACUUAAUUUCCUGAAAUCACUUGGACAGAAAGAGACUAUUCCAAUAUUCUUUUUCUUUUUUUGUUCUUUUAAGCCCCUUUGCAAGGUGGUCGUUGUUCUGUGGAAUGGUUUUUAAGCAGUGCUAUAGUUGGAUCUUUGAGGGAAUAAGUGGGAAGGAUUUGUGGACUAGCAGAUAGUAGCUGAGCAUCUUACAAGACUUGAUAGGUAUUAAACUGCCCUACUGAAGAGUGGAGACAGUAAUUUUUUUUUAGUUUUCUUUUUGGCUUUUUGUUCUCUCUUGAGAGAAUUUCAGUUCCCUUUAUUUCUUACUGCCUCUGCUGUGGGUUACUUUCUUUGUGUGCACACGUGCGUAUUUGUAAGAAGUUUGAAAUAGGGUUUUUUAUUUUUGAGGUUUCGGUGUUUUCAAUGGAAGUCUGGGAAUCCAACAGAGACUAAUAGAAGUUUUCAACAUUGGCAGGGUUCUUAAAAGCCUCAGUUGUUACUCCUAUGUAGCUGUCUCCUGUCAGUUAGAGCAUCGUUUAAUAGAAAGCUUGCUUGUAUAAAAGAAAAGGAAUGUUGCCAGGCCUUGGAGAAAUAUUUAAAGCAGCUGAGAGAAUUUGAACAGCAGAGGAGUUUUUUUAGGAGGGGGAGGGAAAGGGUGGGAUGAGAUGAGAUGAGUGGUUGUGAGUGACAGGGAAUUUCCUCUGCAUGUAAAGUCCUGACUGAAAUAGCAUCAUUACUGUGUUCAUAUGUAGUACUCUUUUAAAUACUAUUUAUACUGUACAAAACAAAUUGUGUUUCCUCACCCCAUUCUCAGAUGAUGAGUUAUGUUUAAACGUGAACCUGGAUCUGUGGAAUGCCCUUCCUCGUUGCAGGGGUUCUCCCUUUUUGUUCAUUUUUAAAUCUCUUUUUGGUUUAGGAAUGACUUGUGCAGAUUAUCUAUAAUGACUGUGUUGAUGGCCUGUGUGCAUCAAACUAUUGACAAGGAAAUAGAAAACGCACAGUCCUACCCUCUCCUUCCUUCAGUGAAAUAUAUUUGUAAGUGUCUACUGAUGUGCUAUAAAAAUGCUGACUUUUUUCUAGAUUAAGGAUGUGAUGUAUUUUUCUUUUUUUUUUUUUUUUAACCCUCUGCCUCUAGGUUCAUAAUGAAUUAAAGGCUGUUGAGCACUUCGGAAUUACAA